AUGGCGCCCGCGCAGCGCCCGCUGCUGCCGCUGCUGCUGCUGCUGCUGCCGCUGCCGCCGCCGCCCUUCGCGCGCGCCGAGGACGCCGCCCGCGCCAACUCGGACCGCUACGCCGUCUACUGGAACCGCAGCAACCCCAGGUUCCACGCGGGCGCGGCGGACGCCGGCGGGGGCUACACGGUGGAGGUGAGCAUCAACGACUACCUGGACAUCUACUGCCCGCACUACGGGGCGCCGCUGCCGCCGGCCGAGCGCAUGGAGCACUACGUGCUCUACAUGGUCAACGGCGAGGGCCACGCCUCCUGCGACCACCGGCAGCGCGGCUUCAAGCGCUGGGAGUGCAACCGGCCCGCGGCGCCCGGGGGGCCGCUCAAGUUCUCCGAGAAGUUCCAGCUCUUCACGCCCUUCUCCCUCGGCUUCGAGUUCCGCCCGGGCCACGAGUACUACUACAUCUCUGCCACGCCGCCCAAUGCUGUGGACCGACCCUGCCUGAGGCUGAAGGUUUACGUGCGGCCGACUAACGAGACGCUGUACGAGGCCCCGGAGCCCAUCUUCACCAGCAAUAACUCGUGCAGUGGCUUGGGCGCCUGCCAGCUGGCCCUCACCACUGUCCCUGUGCUGUGGACCCUCCUGGGCUCCUAGGCCCCGCCCACCGGGACGGCCCCGCCCAGCGAGAGGCCCCGCCCACCGGGACAGCCCCGCCCAGCGAGAGGCCCCGCCCCCCCCAGAGGCGGCCUGAGGCUGGCGAGGCUCCUGCCCCGCCGGCCGGGCCGCGCCAGGACCAGCCCCGGGGGCCGUGGCUAAGCGGCCGGUGUGUGUCCAGCCUCCCGGCCAGGCCAUCUCUUCCAGGUGCUGGAGAAGCCCAGGAACCUCUCGGCAGUGUUGUUCUUUUACGGCUGAAUCAGAAAGACUUGAGUUUUUAAUUUAAUUUAUUCCUUGCUGUUGCCGGUGACUUUGGGAAGGAAACCGUGGAUGCUGCGUGGGUCCCUGGCCCCCUGGAGACCCCUGCUCUGGCCACUCCAUUUGCUGGGUCCUGGCUGGAGGCCACUGUGGACCUCCCAGGUGCCCUGGAACAGGCUGGUCUGAGAGGGAAGGGGCCAGGGAUGAGUGCCCCUAACUCUGGUCCAGGAAUCCGAGCCCACCUCAGACCCCCGCCCCCCUCCUCGCUCCCGGUGAUGACCGCUCCGCAGAGUGGACAUCAGGUGUUUGAGCAGAGGCCGCUGUGGCGCCCUGGCCCCGUCACAAGCCCGCCCCCUUGACUUAGAACCACUUAGGCCCCACCCUGUCCCCCCUGCCACUGGUGAUCGCCCGGAGGCCAAGAAGACGUGACGUUUCUGUAAAUAGAGCCAGCAAGUAUAUACUGUGAUUUAUUUUUACCGUAUUCCUAAAGACGGCCUGGAAAGUUUCUUUUUUUCUUACCCCUUCACAGGAGG